AUGGCUCCAACUUUCUCUUACGAUCAUCAGCAGCAACAACUCUCUUGUGAGAUAGUGAUUCACCAAGCUAAAAAUGUGGAGGAGUUCAUGACGAUGAACAAGUCAUCCUACAAAUCCAAAGGAAACUUGUUUCUAAGAUGCUAUCUCUCGGCUGGAAACAACAAAAAAAUCCAGCUCGAUACAAACGAGAUCCCGAGUACCAGUGAUCAUCUUUCAUGGGAUGAGUCCUUCUCAUUGGAUUGCUCAGGCACUCAAGACUCCAUCAAUGCCCUCCAAACAAGUAGUGUGGUUUUCGAGCUGAGAUGGAGAUCGUCAACGGGGAAUACCAUCCUCGGGCUAGGGGGUUCGAAACUUGUUGGUAGAGCUGAGCUUCCAUGGCAAAGUGUCAUGGAGGCGCCUGGCAUGGAAAUUGAGAAGUGGGUUGUUAUGAACCCAAAGAACAGUAGUCGCCUUGAUGGUGUCAAGCCUCCUUCGGUGAAGAUUGGCAUGAGGGUUAGAGUUCCAAUUGCAAUAGAGAUGAAGAAGAAGAAGAACAAUAGAAAUGAGAAGAUAAGGGAUGUCAAGUAUGAGUGUGCAUGUCAUAGACAUAGUGGUGGCUGCAAUUUUUGUGAUGGUUAUGAUGUUCUUGCCUUAGUGGCUGCUUUUGAAGCACUAUAA